UGCACAGUCCGUAGUACUUAUACCAUCAUUAUCCCGAUCAUAUGUUGAGAAUUUCAAAUUUUUGUGUCUGCCUAGCCCGGCUCCAGCAGUAUUACUAAAAGAGUAAGCAUUGGUUUUAAUCCUGCUGCUUGAUCGGUCAUUAUCAAGUUCAUAAAUGUCAUCUUGUAAUCUUCAUCUUCGCUGUCCACAUUGAGUUGGUGUACACCGCAUACUCAAUAUAGGUGAAAGAGAUAUUUACAUGUGUUUUGUUUCUGAAGGAGAUAUAAAGAUCAUAAGUGCCAGAUUGUGUUAUUUCAUGAAUUUUAUCCAAUCCCAUCCAGUAGUUUCCGAAGUAAUCCCCGAAUCCAUCCUCAUAAGUCCUGCCAGCUCUUAUCCUCGAAUGCGACACUGUCGUCGACACGUCGUUGAAUCACUAUCCAACCUUCGCCCGUCUCCCGCAUACACAUGUCGCAAGAAUACCGUUAACUCGUUGACUCCCCCAGGCCUUAUGCGGUACACAACCGCUGUGACCGAAGUCCGCCGCGUAGGCACUGCCAAUUUCGGCGCAGGUUUGCUAAUAGAUAGGAGUCACGACUUCUCGAGUUGCUGGUGUGACCCAUAGUCUAUUCUCAGUCUCUGUACAGCCCAAAUCCGAAGCUGACACGGAGAGGACUCCGCUUGGCUAGUGCGUCGCAGCGGUACAGGGCUAGCGAAGAUCGCGCACAGCCACCGACGAAGGCAACAAAACUGCACCGGUCAUUGCCUUCUUUUCGCUCGGAGGAGAAGGGAAAGUGCCGCCGAGUGAGUUUUGUUGCCUUUUAUACACGCGCGCGCGGCGCAUAUCUAACCGGGUCGCACACGUACAGUAUGCGCGCGCAUGCUCAGAGCUCAUAGAGGAGGCCGCUGGGAACGACCCAUGGCUGAUCUAUGACACGUAGCUAGCCAUAGACGGACCGAUACAAUGGAGAGGACGACGACGGAAUCCGUGUCUUCUGUUAGGGACGUUGAGCAAGCCUCAGAAGCUGCUGGAACAUCUUACGGCUGAGGAGGAGAAAGUGAGUAAGGAGCUAGAGCAGCUGCUAGAAGAGCAGUCCCAGUUAGACUUGAGGAUGGCGCUAUUCCAGCAUAUGCUACCCACACUGAAGACACGGAUAGGAAGCUGGUGUCUGCACGGGUCAUUGUCGUGCUAGUCAGAUAGCAGAUUCUGUCACUGUAAAGUCCGUUGUUUUGGACCAGGCCAAGAGUCGAGUGUAUGACUGCAUGAAGAGAGUUGAUGAUGUUAUGACCUAAAGAGCUGUGUGGACGGUGUGAGUAUGCCAUGACUACUGGAGAUUAUGAGAAGGCAGCUGCCCAUAUCCACCGCUACUUGGCCCUUGACGAAAACAUCUUACUUGAAACAACUGCUGACUCAGUAAAAGCAGGGGAGGUACAGUGAGCAGCUCUUUCUCCCUCCUGAGAGAGGCUUGAGGCAAAACUCAAGGAGGUCGUGAGAACUAGCAUGGCUGAUGCCAUGGCAAGCAGACCACCCUAGGUUGAAAAGGUUCUUCAAGAUAUUCCUGAUCAACCUACAAAAAGAAGGCUUGCACCUGUUAUCGUCCCACCUGCGAAGACCGAUCAGAGAGACAAGCAGAGUCCAGUCUGGAGAGGGAUGCCCAACCCUAGAGGACAGGGCGGUGUGGUGUAUGCCGACACCCUUACUCUUCUCAUACGAGCCCUUGCUCGCUGCCUGGGUAUGAACACCUCCCAUGCAGAAGGCUACUGCGACCACACAAGUAAGGCGACAGAGAACGAGAAAUGUACCAAGCCGAGUCUCAGUUCGACUGUCUCAAAUUGCUUCAAACUCUCGCUCUGCCAAUGUUGCCAUCAGGUAUUAUGUUGUUAAUUGUGGUUUUGCCAGGCCCCGCCUUCCUCCAGACCCGCAGUCCAAGACGGACCUCUUCCUAACUGAACUCAGCUGUGCGCACUCGACAAAGCUAUACUUCAGGUUAACCCACACACCACACCCCUCUCAGCCGGGGAUCAUGGACUGACAGCAGUGAAGGUAAGUGUUGGUGUAUACUUGUAGGUGUGCACACAUUGUGUUUCAGUGAAAGGAGAGAGAAGUCUGUGAGGAGUGCUGCGGACCUGCCGCACCAGCCAACUGGAGCAGGAGAGAUGAGCAGUACAUUCGAUAGAGGACUACUCAGAGGGAGAGUCUCUGCAGGUCAGUUGCUAUGGACACCUGUAAUCCCGAUGGCUGCACAUCAAGGAGGGCUGAUGAGAUGUUCUUUGUUCUUCAGAAGUGCAGCACGGAGCGCCUUCUCAGUGUGCACUGUUGACGGAGCCUGUGCCGUACUCACAAUGCCAGCUCACUUCUGUUGACAGAAUUCAGGAACCAGCUACAGCUCCGACUUCAGCUCGACCCCACCACAUCCACCACUCUGUAGACCUGACGGGGAUGCUGCAGGGGAAAUCUCGUGCUAUCAGAACGCAGGGAGAAUGAAGUGGGAGCGCUGGCUCCUACAUGUGGCUCUGCAUGACGUGGAAGUCAGCAUGAACAACAUCCAAAAGUGGACGGGCGAGCUUCAGGCCGAGGAGCCAAAGCUGCGGGCAUCUGCACGGAUCGGACCAAGGGAAAAUCAGACAGCUGUACCUGGCCGACGUUUCGCAGUGUCCACCACAAGUUCCAGGAACUAAGACAGACAGGAGUUGGCUGUGGUGAGGAGUGUUCUAGUGCCUGCUCUGGAGCCAGCCAUCAGCGCCCAUUCUCUCACUUCAGCACAGUCUGUCAGAGGAAGAUUUCAUUGUGACUAUGAUGACUGAUCCAUUUGUGCAGCAACUGCUGAUAGCGAUUGAGAGUGCCCUAUCAGUUAUCAAGGUAAAACGAUUCCAGCUGUGUUCGAACAGUCUUCUCUGAGUUAACUACUGAACUCGCUGUCCUUCUGGAGGCAGCAGAAUACUGAGCUGUCAAUUCAACAGUUGGGUGGAGUUCAGCUGGACAAAGAUCUGCGCUCAUUCACCAGUUACCUGUCCUCCCUCACCAGUGGCCUGUAAGAGACAGGUUUACCCGUCUCAUGCAGAUAGCAACACUCCUGACUUUGGAGACAGUAAACGAGUUGUUUGACUACUGGGGAGGAAGCAUGUUGUGGAGGACUGACUCCCACCGAGGUCCGUCGUGUCCUCAUCUCAGUUAGUCUAUGGACUGGUGUGCCGUUAAUUCUCCAACUAUAAUGUAGGACUGAGUUCAGAACUGAAGAUGUAGAGAGAAUCAAAUUACAAUGACACCCACACACAAUGUCAAAUACCACUGCGCAUGCCGGUGGGCGCAUGCGCGUGCGGCGUCCCGGUCCGGACCCAAUUCUGAUUCUAAGAAUCUGACUCUGGUUGUUGGCGCAUGCGCGCAUGGUUAGCGCACCAGCAAAUGUUACGACACGUGAGUAGAAGAGGGAUAUCAGUCGCCGCACUCUAAGAAUGCCUAUAAGGUUGGAGACACGCUGCCAUCUCUGGAGGUGCAGGAAGGCACACCAGCCACAACUGUGAAUGUGAAGGACUUGUUCGCUAGCAAGAAGGGCAUCCUAUUCGGAGUGCCUGGAGCCUUCACCCCUGGCUGCACGAAGACUCACCUGCCAGGCUAUGUGCAAGACUGGGAGAAGCUGAAGGCCAAGGGAGUUGAGGUAGUGGCCUGUGUGUCUGUCAAUGAUGUGUUUGUCAUGGCGGCUUGGGAGAGGCACGUGGUGCUGAUGGCAAAGGUCAGGAUGUUGGCUGAUCACAACGGAGCCUACACAAAGGCACUUGACUUGGAGUUUGAUGCAGUAGGUGCUCUGGGUCUGUACGCUGCAAACGGUUCUCUGCAGUGGUGGAGGACAGUGUCGUCAAAGUCAUCAACGUGGAGCCAGAUGGUGCAGGCUUGACCUGUUCACUGUCAAAUGCACUAUUUGACCAACUUUGAACACUGGCAGGAGGACAAAUCAUUGCUCUAAUGAAAAGCACUAAAGUGCAAACCCUCGGCGAAGUAGCUCGCAGAGAAUCUGACAGGGGCUAGCUAUAGUAGUAGAUAGCAUGCGAGAGUCGAUACACGCCAUUCGUUGUGACUUCUUGUGCCUUCAAGAUAGACAGAGCAAGCGGACCCGGUCAAGGUACCUGUGCUAAAUAUAAGCGCAUGCGCAUUUUCCGCAGCGACAAAAAUGGCCGA